AUCAUCGAAGUGCCUAUCAAAGACAGUCGGGAAGUGGUCACCAUUGAUCUUGAACAUGAAUUACCAGAAGAUCCAACAGAUCUGUGUACUUUGCUAGAGAAUGAAAGUGCUGAGUCUAUUUACUGGAUUUCAAUCGCCUCCGUCUAUGCCAAUAAAGGUCUUGUUAGUGAAGCUUUUGAAAUGAUGACUGAAGGGUUGAAACUUUAUAAAGAACUUGAUACUGCUGAUUUCCACACUUUCUUAGCCUGGUUACACAUAAGGCAAUCCAAGGUCGCUAAAACAUCUGACGAUCAAAGAGCUUCAUUGAAAAUGGCUUCAGAGUCUAUUAAACUGGCAUUAGCUGCUCAACCAACAAAUGUUUUGAAUAGAAUUGCUCAAGCUGAAAUUUCUUAUCAAUUGAAACAAUAUGACCAAGCUUUAGAUUUUUUUGAACGUAUUUUGAAAAAUGAUUCAAAAUCAACUGCAAAUGUCUUUGCAUUAACAGGUAAAGCAAAAACCUUAUUCCAUAAGAAGAAUUACAAUGCAAGUUUAAAGAUUUUUCAACAAGUUUUGAUUUUAAAUCCAUUAUUAAAACCUGAUCCAAGAAUUGGUAUUGGUAUGAAUUUUUGGAGAUUGAAUGAUAAAAACAUGGCUACCAAAUCAUGGGAAAGAGCUUUAGAAAUUGAUCCAGAAAAUCAAACUGCUAAAUUAUUACUCACAUUAUCUAAGUUUGAUAGUUCGUUCAAUUCUUUAACUGAUGAAGAUUUCAUUUCAAAUUAUUCAGCUGCUUUAAAUUCAUUGAAUGAAUUUGUUCAAAAAGAUUCAAAUAACCCAGUUACUUUAUUGAUUUUGGCAAGUUAUUACUAUUCCAAGAAUGAUUUGGAAUCAGUUUUGAAAGUUUCUCAAAAAGUUUUAUCAUCACCAAAUGCUUCACCAGAUUUAUUAUCAGAUGCUAAUUUUUGGAUUGCAAGAACUCAUUAUGAGAAUGGUGAUUUCAGUAAUGCACAAAAAUUCUUCACUGAAUCAUUGAAAUCAAACCCUGAUAGUUUAUUGGCCAAAUUAGGUGUUGGGCAAUCACAAUUCAACAGAAGUCUCCUUGAUGAUGCUAUUCUAACAUUUGAAAGUGUUUAUAAAAACAAUCAAAAGAUUUUGGAAAUUAAUUAUAUCUUGGGUAUACUAUAUUCACAAGAUGAAAAAAAUCAUGAAAAAGCUGUUCCUGUUUUAGAAAGAUAUAUUAGAUUAUCCAAAGAUAAAAAUGAACCAGUUGCAUUGAAUGCAUAUUUGACACUUUCAAGAUUACAUGAAAAUAAAGAUAACUCACAGUCAUUAUCACUUUUAUCAAAAGUUAUUGAUAUUUUAAAGAAAAGAGGAGAAGAUGUCCCAGUGGAAAUAUUAAACAAUUUGGGUGUUUUCCACUUCAUCAAAGGUAACCCAGAAUCUGCAAAUACUUUCUUUAAAAGUGCUUUUGAAGCCAAUCAAUCCGAGGAUUUGAACAUCACUUUAAAUUAUAACAUUGCAAGAACUGAGGAAAAUUCAAAUACAGAAGAUUCAAUCUCCAAAUAUAAUGAUAUUUUGGAAAAAUCACCAGGUUAUAUCUAUAGUAAGAUUAGAUUAUUAUUUUUACAAAUAAUAAGUUCAGAUGUUAAAAAUGAUGAAGAGUUGGAGAAGAAACUGAAUGAUCUUUUGCAAUCACAUGUUUCAAACUUGGAAGUUCGUGCUUUUUAUAGUUGGUAUUUGAAAAGAACUAAUAGAUCAAGUAAUGAUAAAGGUGAAAACUUGGAAAGUAAACAUAACAAGGAAACUUUGGUCAAAUAUGAUUCACAUGAUACUUAUGCUUUGAUCUCAUUAGGUAAUUUGUAUUGUGCAAUUGCCAGAGAAAUCAAAGGUAAAACUCCACAAGAUAUUGAAAAGAAAAACCAAUCAUAUGUUAGAGGUGCUCAAUUGUUUCAAAAAGUUUUAUCAAUUGAUCCAAAUAACGUUUUCGCUGCCCAAGGUAUUGCCAUUAUAUUUGUGGAAAAUAAACAUUCAAAUAUUGCAUUAGAAACUUUUAGAAAGAUUAGAGAUGCUAUUGAUGAUGUUUCAGUCUAUAUCAAUCUUGGUCAUUGUUUAAUCGAAGUUGGUCAGUAUUCGAAAGCCAUUGAAAGUUAUGAAAUUGCAUUGAGAAGAUAUGGUGAUGAUACAAAAGAUUCAAGAUAUUUAACAUUAGUUGGUAGAGCCUGGUUUGCUAGAGCUAGUGCAGAAAAAUCAUUGGAAAGUUUUUUGAAAUCUUUAGAAUAUUCCAUUAAAGCUUUAGAUGUUGCUCAAAAUACCAAUUUGAAAAAAUUGAUACCUUCUUUGAAAUAUAAUGUUGCGUUUGUUCAAUUCAAUAUUGCUCAAUUCAUUCAAAAGCAAAAUAUUGCUAAAAGAACAGUUGAUGAUAUUAAUAAGGCUUUAGAAGGGUUGAAAGAAGCUAUUGAUACUUUGAACGAUUUAGCUAAUGAUAAAUAUCCACCAUAUCCUGCAGAAAUCUUGAAACAAAGAGCUAGUAUGGGUACAAACACAUUGAUUAAUCAAUUGGAAAGAGCCAUCAAGGAACAAAAAGAGUAUGAAAUUAAAUUUGAACAUAGGUUGAAAGAAGCUCAAGAAUCUAGAGAAAAAGAGAGACAAAAGGCUGAAUUGGAAGAACAAAGAAGAAAAGAAGAAGAAGCUAAAAAAGAGGCUCAAUAUAGAGAAGAAUAUUUGAAAUUACAAGAACAAGCCAAAGAAUGGGAAAGAGAACGUGAAGCUUUCGUUGAACCUUCAUUUGAUGAACAAGAUGGUAAAAAACCAAGAAAGGGUAAAAAAACCAAGAAUGCAAUCAAUACAGAUGAUGAAUUAAGUGGUGAUGAUGAAAAACCUGUUAAAAAGACUAAAAAAUCAACAGGUAAAAGAUCAAAGAGAAAGAAGGAUGAAAAUGCAACCAAUGGUAAUGUUGAAGGUGGUGAUCCAGAACCUAAAAAGAGAAAAUUAACAUCCAAGAAGUAUUUAUCUGCUGAUAUUAUUGAAGAUAGUGAUGAAGAUUUAGAAGAUUUUGAUGAAUCGAAAUUAGGCGGUGAUGAUGAAGAA